AUGAGCGAAGCGCCGCUGGUCCUGCCAGGCCAGCCGCUGAAUCUUCCGCCGCGGUCCAACGUCGGGGCGGGCGCCGGAACGUACUCGAUCGGCGAGUACCUCGUUGCGAGCCGCGUGGGACAUGCCGAACACAAUCUCGACGACCCUGCGCGGCGGCGCAGCGGUGCAAACGCAAUCGCCAAGGUGACGGGCACCAAGCCUCCGCUCGUCCUUCCCGAGCCGGAAAGCACGAUCAUUGGGCGCGUGACGCGUGUGACGCCGCGGCAGGCGACCGUGUCGAUCCUCGUCGUGAACGAUAUCCCGUGCGGCGGCGCGCUCGGCCACGGCGCCGGCGCGCGUGGCAACCAUGCGGCCGGCGAAGGCAUCGACGGCACCGACUUCCAGGGCGUGAUCCGCGCGCAGGACGUGCGCAGCACGGAAAAAGACUCGGUCGUGCUCAAAGAGUGCUUCCGCCCAGGCGACAUUAUCCGCGCCACGGUCAUUUCGCUCGGCGAUGCUCGCUCGUACUACCUGUCGACGGCCGGCAACCAUCUCGGUGUCGUGCACGCGACAAGCAGUGACACGAGCGCGUCCGAUGGCUGGGCGCCGUCUGGACGUGCAAUGCAGCCGGUAAGCUGGAAGGAGAUGACCGAUCCGGUCACUGGCGCGACCGAGCAGCGCAAGGUCGCCAAGCCCGAGUGGGUGUAG